UUAAUACAUGUUUGAAUUUCGACCAAAAACAAUGUCAAUUUUCAAACACUGUAAUUACAACUAAUGAAAAUUAAUUCGAAAAAUAAUUAUUUGUUUGUCAAAAAAUGUGCAAAAUGACGCCAGUCUUAAGACAGUUUUCUGCUAUAUUUAUUUGUAAUUUGCUGACGCUGGCAUUUGGUAUUCAGAGUGGUUGGGCCAUGAUAAAUUUCAGUGAACUUCAAAAUAAGAAUAGCACAUUUUCGACGGGCCCAUUAACUCUAGAUGAGGUAACGCUCGUUGUGUCACUCGUCAAUAUUGGUGGAUUUUUCGGAAAUUUUGCAAUAAUGUCCGUGAGCAAAUGGUGUGGCAUUAAACGAACAAUACAUUUAUUUGGAUUACCAUUGAUCAUAAGUGCUUUGCUCACCAUCUAUGCAAACAACGUUUUUUUAUUGUAUGCAUCGAGUAUACUUAGCGGUAUUGUUGGGGGUGCACUCGUUAUUGGUAUUCCGUCGUUUAUAAACGAAAUUUGCAACGAUAAUGUUCGUGGUUUUCUAAAUAGUAUUUAUGACCCAGGUUACAACUUGGGUGUCAUUAUUUCGUUCUUUAUCGGCAACUACUUAAGCUGUUUAAAUCAAGCAAAAAUACAACUUAUAGUACCCAUCAUUUUUAUGAUUGCGAUGUUUCUACUGCCAGAUUCACCAGAAUAUUGGCAAAAACGACAAAAAGAAAAGCAUGCACUGAAAGCACAUACAUUUUACAAAGGAAGUACAGUGAAUACACAUAUACCCGAGCACGAUGAAUUUAUUCCGAAAAUGAAAAAUGAAACGGUUGAAAAGGGUAAAUUGGAAGAAAUGGCCAACAAUCAAAACAUGGAGAAUUCAACGUUAUCUCUUGGAGAUUUUUGUACUCCCCAGGCAAGGAAAACCUUUUCAAUUGCUUUCACCAUACUCUUAUUGAGUAUUACUUCCGGCACUUGGACUAUGCUUGCCUAUGUUACAGAUAUAUUUGAGAAAACUGGCUCCUCAUUGUCCUCGAAAAAUUCGUCACUUUUAAUCUCCAUAACACAAAUUUUUGCAAAUGUAUUGCUCUUGAAUGUUAUCGAAAGAAUUAAUCGUAGGACUUUAUAUAUUUGGUCAUCGAUUUUAACUGCAACCAGCUUUUUCGCAUUUUCUAUUUAUUGUUUGUUGUGGAUGGGCCAACCAAAAUACGAGUGGAUGCCACCCUUUUGUUUUUCAUGCAUAAUCUUCUUCAGUUGUCUGGGACUAUUUCCAAUACCAUAUAUUUUGCCAACGGAAAUUUUUCAAAAAAAUAUUCGGCACACAUGUCUAGUAGUCGUUGUGUCUGUGAUUUGGAUUCUUUCAUUUUGCUACGGAUUGGUGUUUCCCAGCUUUUUGGAAUAUGUCGAUUUGCAUUUUUGUUUUAUUUUUCUCGGCAUCAUAUCAUUAGUCAAUGCCAUUUUUGGAUACUUUUUCGUUCCGGAAACAAGAGGAAAGUCUUACGAAGAGAUUAUGCAAUUGUUAAGCGAUUAGACUUAAACGACGAGACUUAAAGAGAAGAAACUCAUGUGAAAUGGGCAUAGGAUGUUACAACUGUGUUAAUGUCGCUGUACUAUAUAUAAAACAUUUAUUGUGAUAAAUUCCAUUAUUAUUGAUGCUCUAGUUUUAUCAAAUAAAAAUCUUUCUUUCAUUCAUUUAUUUCAGGAAAAAAAUAUAAACGUGUUCAUUGUUUAAUU